CCCGCCCCGGGGCGGUACCGCGCAGAAGCGGCGGGGACGCGGCGGCGGCUCCGGUGCAAUGGAGGGCGGCGGCGGCGGCGCUUACGGGGCGGCCAAGGCCGGCGGCGCCUUCGAUCUGGGCCGCUUCGUGCAGCAGCCGCAGGUCGUGGCGAGGAUCGCCAGCGCGGUCUUUGCCCUGAUCGUCUUCUCGUGCCUGGUCGGGGAGGGCUACACCAACACCUCCAGCUCCUCCCAGCUCUUCUGCAUCUUCAACCGCAACGAGGAUGCCUGUCGCUACGGCAUCGGCAUCGGCGUCAUCGCCUUCCUCGCCUGCGUCUUCUUCUUCAUGGUGGACAUCUACUUCCCACAGAUCAGCAACACCACGGACCGCAAGUACCUGGUCCUGGCAGACCUCGGCUUCUCAGGUCUCUGGACGUUCCUGUGGUUUGUUGGCUUUUGUUUCUUGACCAACCAAUGGGCCUGGACACGGGCCGAGGAUGUGCACAUCGGGGCUGACUCUGCCCGCGCUGCCAUCACCUUCAGCUUCUUCUCCAUCUUCUCCUGGGGCCUACUGAUCACCUUCGCUUACAAGAGGUACAAAAUGGGGGUGGAGGACUUUGCUCAGAGCUACAUCGACCCCAGCCCGGAGGUUUCAACUCCCUACUCCAGCUACCCCAACAUCAGCCAUGAGAGCUACCAGCAGCCACCUUUCACCCAAACGGCGGAAGCCCCUGAGGGGUACCAGCCGCCGCCAGUGUACUGAGCCACGGCCGGGGCCCAGCAGGGAUGGCUGCACCGGUGCAAUGCUCUGCUGUGGGAUGCAGGGGAGGGACCUGCCACGUGAAGGGGGAUGGUGGGUGGGAAAGUGGCUGCUGCUUUGUGUGAAGGCCACUGGCCGUGGUGUGAGGUGCAGAGCUCCCCAGUGAUGGGACCCGGUGUGCAAUGCACAACUACUGAGUGCAGCCCCAUGGCUGUGGGGAGGGUGAGUGUGUGGGGGUGGCCCUGUGAGGCCAAGCUCCUGCCCUUGGGGAAGCUGCUGUGGGGUGAGUGUGUGGUUUGCACCCCUAGCUCUGCCCUGGCCAUGCCCAUGACUGCUGCCCUAUUCUGGUGCCUUUCCAGCCUCGCUGGCUGCAACCCCUCAAGUGCCAGCUUUUGCUGCCAUAGCACAGCUGGGCCAUCCGGCUCCUGCCUCUCCCGUGCCUUCCCCUCAGCUGCUGCUGGGUGAGCUUCAUGCCAAAGCCCUGUCUUAUCUCACCUCUAAACUCUGUGCUGUGCCUUCCCACAGCCUGCAUCAGAGCUGCCAGUGCUGGGUGAUGCUGUUUGGGAUCUGUGGGAGCAGUGAGUGCUGAGAUCUCAGUGGGCCCAGGGCUGACCCUGCUCUCCAACAGGGGCCCUGGGUGUAAUUCCUGCUGCUGCAGCCCCUGCACUUGCCUCUGCAUCCCACACCCUGCUCAGCUCCCGGCCCAUGCCAAGGCACUGGUGCAGACUGCCUAUCUCAGGUUGUGUGUGCUGCUGCACCCAGCAGCAGUGUGGUGUGUGAGCUGGCGCUGCUGGGGCUGGCCUUCCGAGUAGUUCUUUGCCACUGUAGAUACAGAAUAAACUUUUUCACCUUGCC